GUGGAAUCAGAGAACUGUCCAGGUUUCAAUCAAGCAAUGCUUGCCGGGAAACCAGUUUAUACAGAAAAUUUCCCAUCGUGUGCAGAUGGCUUAGCAAUCGCCAUGGUUGGCGUCAAUGCAUUCCAGACGUGUCGUCAUCUCGUGGACAAAGUCAUCACACUGAACGAGUCACACAUACAUCGGGCAGUUGUACGCCUGUUGGAAGUGGAGAAGUGUGUUGUCGAGUGUUCAGCGGCGACGUCUUUGGCUGUAAUCAUGGCUGACAUGUUACCGGAAUUAGUCGGCAAAAAAGUUGUCUGCCUACUAAGCGGUGGUAAUAUUGACACUUCAAUGUUGGGUCGUGUCAUUGAUCGGGGCUUGGCACUUGAAGGUCGUCUGUGUCGUUUCAUCGUUGUUGUAGCCGACCAGCCUGGAUGUAUUGCAGACUUGUGUGCAGUGUUGAAGCAGAUUGGAGUUAGCAUUAAAGAUAUCAGUCAAGAUCGUACAUGGUUGAAGUCGAGUGUAUUUGAAGUUCAAGUGAAGUGUAUCUGUGAAACUCGUGAUUUUGUACAAGCAAGUGAUCUGGAGCGCGCAUUGAAAGCCAAGUAUAAACAUGUUGUCUGGGGUGAUGAGUCCAUUUGGUGAUUAUUAUUAUUAUUAUUACUAUUAUUAUUAUU